AUGUCGGGCUGGAACGACGCUUGGGACAAAGGAAAGCAGAAAGUGGCAGAGUUGGGCCAGCCGUUGGCGAGGUCGGUUUUCCUGAUUUGUUGGAAAAAAGAAAAUUUAUGAUAACGAAAGAUGCAUUGAAGUGUUUUUUUUUCCAAUAAAUAAAGGUGGUUUCAAGACCAACGCCGUAGUCAGUGUGCUUCAAAAAAAAAAAAAAGAAAUAAUAAAUGGAAUCAUUCAAGCUUUACUUAGAUAACCUUACUGAAAAGUGCAAAAUUUCUUUUUCGGCGGUUCAAAGUGAGAAAAGCAAUUAUGCGUCGAAAAGUGACAACGAGGCCGUUUAGAGCCUCGCCAAUUUUUUCUUUUGCAGAAUGACGUCAUCGAAGAACGAGGACUUCCAGCAGAUGUAAGAUUUUCAGAAGUAGAAGAUAGAGAAUGACGUCAUCGUUUCAGGCCGACGACGACAACGACGGCUGAAAACGGCGUCGACGUCGCCGCCAACGGCAACCCCGUCGGCAUGCAUUCCAACAAGAUCUUGCAGGUAUCCGAUCUCCGAAAAGUGCAUUUUUCCCUCAUCAAGUCAAUUUUGUCUUGAUGACAACUUUUAUUUUCUUGUGUUAGAUGCUGUUUUCAUGUUCUGAUGUCGUCUCCGGUGAGAGAAGGGAGGGCGCAGACAAGUCAGUCAGAAGGCAUUUUCUCAGAAUUAAGAAAAAAUCCUUCAAUUUUGCUAUUCAUAAUAAUGUACAUAGGACAAAAGUAAUUUUCGAGUUUCUUUUUUUAACGUCUGAAAGACAGACGAUUCAGGUAAAAUAAUCAACAAUAAGGUUCCAGGGAUGUUAGUGAAGAGUUACAAAAAUUGAAACUGUAAUUUUGAUUGAAAUUUCUGAAUGCUGUUAUACUCCUUCAAAAAGCAAAAUUUUAGGAUCAAUUCAUUUGAAAAACAAUGUUUUUCUCAUUUUCUCAAUGUCUUUGAAUAUGUUUUCCUUUGAGUGUGUACUUCAGAAAAAUCAAAAGAAGUGCUUCUUUUAGUUGGUGGAGCAGACGCGUCUGAGCCAAUGUCGGAAAAGAUGGCAACUGGCGGUUCUGGCCAACAUCGGCUUCAUGGUCGUUUUCGGGAUCCGCUGCAACUUCGGCGCCGCCAAAAACCACAUGUUCCGCAACUACACAGAUCCCUGGGGUAAAAAACACGUGAGUCUUCCGUUUUCACAGAUAUUAGAAGAAAAGGCUGAUCGUUCAGGUGCACGAGUUCAACUGGACGCUCGACGAGCUCAGCGUCAUGGAGAGUUCUUUCUUCUACGGAUACCUCGUCACUCAAGUGCCUGCUGGGUUUUUGGCAGCAAAGUAUCCUCCAAAUAAGUGGGAAAAAGGACCGAUAACUGUUUUGAUGCAGACCUUCAGGUUGUUCGGAAUCGGAAUCGGCGUCGGCUCUUUUCUGAAUCUUUUCCUCCCCUAUGGCUUCAAAACGAAGAGCGACUACCUGGUGGCGGCGAUUCAAAUAACACAAGGCCUCGUACAGGUGAGCACUCGUCUUCCUGGAGAUGAAAUGAGAUUUUUUGUGUUCGAAAAAAUUCGGUAUAAUAGAAGCAUGAACGCUGAUCAAUUACCAUUCACUACCAGUUAUUUCAAUUUCUAAGUUAUAAAAUAAAAUUUUUCGGGACAGUACAGAGAGCGCAGAAAAGCUGAUACUGUUGAAAGUCGAGGAAAAUAGAACGUAUUUCGACUUUUUAUUUUUUCAAAUGCAAGAGCCUUUAUCAUCAACUUAAAGAAAAGUAUAUUCCAUGACCGCCAACAAAAAAAAACAAAGCUUGAAGAACAUAAUCAACUAUGUCACUCAAAAAAAGUUGAAACUUGACCCAAAAUUAAUCCUGAAACAAAGAUGAUUCGAUAUAUGUUCAAUAUACGGCUCUAGAAAAGGUUCUUAACUGGAAUCUCUCACCAACUUUCUGCCCGAGUAUAGAACUAACUCUGAAAUGACCCUACAGCUGGAAAGAGUUUCAGGGCCUGUGCUAUCCGUCGAUGCACGGCGUCUGGCGCUACUGGGCUCCUCCGAUGGAGCGCUCCAAGCUGGCGACGACGGCCUUCACCGGAAGUUACUCUGGAGCUGUCCUCGGCCUUCCGCUCUCCGCCUUUCUCGUCUCCUACGUCUCCUGGUCGGCGCCCUUCUAUCUCUACGGUGCGUUUCCUUUAUGACUUGUCCCUAAAUCACCGCUUCAUGGUGUCCUGUGUCCUUUCGGUCAAAUGGCCUUGUCAGAAGGUCCAGUUUUAAUAAGGUUCUGGAAGUUGGAACGAAGAGAAGUCCUCUUGGAAACAGGAAGAGAAGAUCAAUUAUUAUUUCCAUGGGGCAAAAAGAAACUGUUUUAUACCGAUCUUGAAACCGCGCAUAUUUUUUUUAUGGUGAGGUUUGAAAAAUUUUGAAAUGAGCAUCUGAAAAUCUUCCUUCAUAAGUCAGCUUCUUCCUUUUAAAUCGUUCAAAAAGAAUUGCAGGAUUUGCCGGCGUGAUAUGGGUAGUUCUGUGGUUCUCUCUGUCCUUCGAGAAGCCCGCAUAUCACCCGACUAUCAGUCAAGAGGAGAAAAAGUUCAUCGAAGACUCGAUCGGCCACGUCUCGACCUCUCAUCCCACGGUCCUCACUAUAUCCGAAAUCCUUGUCGCAACUUGAUUUUUGCAGAUACGGUCGGUUCCUUGGCGCGACAUCGCCACUUCGAAGCCCGUCUGGGCGAUCAUCGUGGCCAACUUCGCCAGGAGCUGGACCUUCUACCUGCUGCUCCAGAACCAGCUCACCUACAUGAAAGAGGCUCUCGGCAUGCGCAUCAACGACGUCAGUCGGCCUUCUUAAUCCCUCCCCACCUGAUCUCUUUGCAGUCAGGCCUGCUGGCGGCGCUCCCCCACGCCGUCAUGGGCAUAGUCGUACUUCUUGGCGGCCAACUCGCCGAUUAUCUGCGAGUCAACAAGAUUCUUUCCACCACUGCAGUGCGGAAAAUCUUCAACUGUGGAGGUAUUCCGGGAAAGUCUUCCCACCCCUUGAGAAGUCCCUAGGAUUCGGCGGAGAGGCAGCUUUCAUGUUGAUCGUCGCCUACACGAGCAGCGAAGCGACGGCGAUCGCGGCCCUCGUCGCCGCCGUCGGAUUCUCAGGAUUCGCCAUAUCUGGUUAGUCUUUUCGAGUAUUUCGAAGUGACUCAUAUUUCCAAUCCUCUAACUUUCAAUUUCAAAAAAUUCGACUCAUUUCAGGAUUCAACGUCAACCACCUGGACAUUGCUCCACGAUACGCGGCCAUCCUCAUGGGAUUCUCAAACGGAAUCGGAACUUUGGCCGGUCUGACGUGUCCUUUCGUCACCGAGAAGUUCACUUCAACCAGCAGUCAUGGUUGGACCAAGGUAUUCUAUCUAAUAAACCCAAGAAAUCACGAGCAUUUCUAGGUAUUCUUGUUAGCUAGUCUUAUCCACUUCACGGGUGUCACUUUCUACGCAGUAUACGCUUCCGGAGAACUUCAGGUGUGUUCAACCUGUUGUUCCAGAAACCUAGCAAACUUCUUUAGCCUUGGGCUGAGCCAAAAGCCGAGGAAGAACCAUGGGCCAAUAAUUCCCUCGUCAAUAAAACAGGCGUUAACUCAGGUGAAUCUUCGAACGUAAGAAGGAAUGCACGUUCAAAUUUUUCAGGAGGUUAUGGAGCGGCAGAGGAAACGAGCUUUGUCUCCGUUCCAGCUGCUGCAGUCAAAAAUCCUUCAGGUGAGUCUAAAGUUUUUCAAAACUUAGAAGAAAGGAAAGUUCAGACUCGAAUCCGUUCGCACCAUCUUGGGAUGAGCCACAGAGUAACGUCUUGGCCAAUCCGCAUUACCAACAAUGGUAG